CAGAAGGCACGAUAUCCUCCCGUUUGGGGACAAACCCGUUGGUGCGGUAUUUAUUCGAUGGUGUCUUGUUUCCUCGACCAAAAAUCGUUUUUCGAGAAACUGGCAGAGCAGUUCCCUGAGAUGGAUCUUUCGGGAAGCUGGGACUUUACGAGACAAUAUGCAGAGGCAUUCAAACCUCUUUUUAUAUGCACCAAAAACAUGCAAUCGAAGCAUAUUUCGCUGAGUGAAUUUUAUCUUCAAUGGAUGAUUACUAUCCAAAAAGUAAAGAAGAUGGAAACAAACCCAUUCUCAGCACCACUUGUCGAAUCACUGAAUAAACGAUUGACAAGUCUGCGAACAUCUCGCGCAUUUAAGAUCGCACUCUAUCUUGACCCCAGACUUAAUUUCGCAGGUUCCAAGUUGUUCACCAGUGAAGAGAAAGAAGAAAUUCAGUCGUACAUCGUUGAAACCUGGAACAGAAUUCAUCAACUUCAAUCUCCGGUGGCGAAACCAUCAGACGUUCAGCAGCUAAUCAACCAAGACAAAGGUGAAGAUGAGAAUGACGUGUUACUUACAGAGCUUUUCGGGGGCACCGCGGAAUCCUCUUUUUUGGAAGACAAUAACUUCAACCAGCAGCUCAAGGCGAUAGAAGUUGAGCCAAGGCGAACAUAUAACUUUGACGUGUGGAAUAUUUGGGUUGACCGCAAGUGUACACAUCCUGAAUUGAGUGCUGUAGCUGCGGUGGUGUUAGCUACACCGUCUAACCAAGUGUCGGUUGAGAGGGCAUUCAGUGCUUUAGCAUUGGUGCUCACCAACAACCGAUCAACUCUUGGUGAGGAUACACUAUCAAAUAUCCUGAUUAUUAAGUUAAACAAACCGCUAUUUGACAAAAUUAUUCCCAAGCUAUGCGACGCAGCCAAGGAGCAAAUACUUGAAUUAAAAUGAUUUUUUUCUCUUAGUAGGG